AUGGAGAAAUAUGUCAAAGUUGGGAUACAAGGCCUGUUUUUAUACGAUGCUGGAUUGACCAUUGACUUCUAUAUAAAAGGCCAAAACAUCUCACUCUUCCUCCAUAAAAAAAACAAAGCCUACUUAAAAAUGGGGUCUCUUCCGCUCCUCAUUUUCGUCCUCCUCGCCGCCACCGCCCCAUUCUCCUACGGCUGUGGCAUCACAGUCUACUGGGGCCAAAACGGGUACGAAGGCACGCUACAAGCCGCCUGCGCCACCAACAACUACAAAUAUGUGGCCGUGGCCUUCCUAACCACCUUCGGCAACGGCCAAACCCCCAUCCUCAACUUGGCCGGCCACUGCAUCCCUCAGCCCUGCUCCAUCUUUGCCGACGAAAUCCGCUACUGCCAGAGCCUAGGCAUCAAGGUGCUCCUAUCCCUCGGCGGUGCCAUCGGCACCUACGGCAUCUCCUCCACGGCCGACGCCCAGCAAGUCGCGGCCUAUCUAUGGACCUCCUACCUAUCCGGCUUUGUCGGGCCCCUCGGCGACGUGGCCCUUGAUGGCAUCGACUUCGACAUCGAGGUCCCAACCUCCACCCUACACUGGGACGACCUAGCCCGGGCGAUCGCCGCCUACAGCACUCCCCAGAGGAAAAUCUACCUCUCCGCCGCGCCCCAUUGCCUCAUCCAGGACCGGAACCUCGACGUCGCCAUCAAGACCGGGCUGUUCGACUACGUGUGGGUGCAGUUCUACAACAACCAGCAAUGCGACUACAGCGGCGGCGCGGCCAGUUUGAUCAAUUCGUGGAACAACUGGACCGCGCUGCUGCCGGCGGGGAACGAGCUGUUCCUGGGGCUGCCGGCGGCGCCCGAGGCGGCGGGGACGGGGUACAUCGAGCCGGGGAACCUGAAGAGCGAGAUUCUGCCGGUGAUAAAGCAGACGGCCAACUAUGGAGGGGUGAUGCUGUGGAAUAGGUACUAUGAUAAUAACACUGGGUACAGCUCGCAAAUUGUUGGAGAUGUGUGCCCUCCGGCGCUCGGAAAAUUUGAAGAAUUGGUCGUCUCUCAAGUGCUUUGAAUGGGAAAGAAGUGGAAUUAAGCUGGUUUUCUUCAUUCAUGUGUAGUGUGAAUGAAUAAUUACUAAAUAAAUGUGAAAGCCAAGCUAGCUUGUAAGUUGUGGACAACUUAAUGAAUAAAAUGCACUAUGCACUUUUAUUUAA